AGCGCGGCGCUCUAGGCCGCUGCGCUCAGCCGGGCUGGCUCUAUGGUGCUCACUCUGCGAACCCCGCGGCCCCCGCCCCACCGCGGUCACACCAUCCGCCCGCCGGCCGCGGCGCUGCGUCAGCCGGACAAGAUGGAGACCGCCGAGGAAGACAUAUGUAGGGUGUGUCGGUCUGAAGGAACACCUGAGAAACCCCUCUAUCAUCCGUGCGUGUGUACUGGCAGUAUUAAAUUUAUUCAUCAAGAAUGCUUAGUUCAGUGGCUGAAACACAGCAGAAAAGAAUACUGUGAAUUAUGUAAGCACAGAUUUGCUUUCACACCAAUUUAUUCCCCAGAUAUGCCUUCACGGCUUCCAAUCCAAGACAUUUUUGCUGGACUGGUUACAAGUAUUGGCACAGCAAUACGAUACUGGUUUCACUAUACACUUGUGGCCUUUGCAUGGUUGGGAGUUGUACCUCUUACAGCAUGCCGUAUCUACAAGUGCUUGUUUACUGGCUCCGUGAGCUCACUAUUGACACUGCCGUUAGAUAUGCUGUCAACGGAAAAUUUAUUGGCAGACUGUUUACAGGGUUGUUUUGUGGUCACAUGCACACUCUGUGCAUUUAUCAGUCUAGUGUGGUUACGUGAACAGAUUGUCCAUGGAGGAGCACCACAGUGGUUGGAACAAAAUCAACAGCCACCCAAUGGUCUUGGCCAACAGAAUGAGGCUCAGGGGUUAGGAAAUGGUGGAGGUGAAAAUGCUGCACUUGAUCAACCUGCUAACCCACCUGCUGAGAAUGCAGUUGUAGGCGAAAACCCAGAAAUUCAGGAAGAACCGGGAGAUGAGGAAGAGGAAGACAAUGAAGAUGAAGAAGAUGCUGUAGUAGAAGAUGCAGCAGAUGCAAACAAUGGAGCCCAAGAUGACAUGAAUUGGAAUGCUUUGGAAUGGGAUCGAGCAGCAGAAGAACUUACAUGGGAGAGAAUGCUUGGGCUUGACGGAUCUCUGGUUUUUUUAGAACAUGUCUUCUGGGUGGUGUCUUUAAACACGCUGUUCAUACUUGUGUUUGGUGGAUUCUGCAUGACUGCGGUGCCUGCAGAAAACUCCCCCUCCCCUUCCCCGAAUUCCUAUGCUUCCCUGCUGAAAACAGCAGGGAAGCAAAGGGAAGCCUCGUCCGGGCAAGGGGGAACACGACGAUGGGCACUGUUUUGGGGGGAUUGCCCCUUCAAACUGCGGCGAGGCAUGGGGGGGGGGCACACGGCAUUACGUGCCACUGCCCAGCUGAAGGAGGCUGCAGCUCCGCUGACUCUGCGGCUGAACGCUGCCUCCUGUAUCCUAGUGCCAGUCGUGCCCCCAUCUGUGUGCUUGAAGCCUUCCUGUUUUCUGUGCAACACUUUUUGUCCUUACCACAUUGGUCACUUCUCUGUUGUUGGCCUGGGUUUUGAGGAAUAUGUUCAAGCAUCUCACUUUGAAGGCCUAAUCACAACAAUAGUUGGCUAUGUGCUGCUAGCAAUAAAUCUAAUUGUUUGUCAUGGUUUGGCAGCGCUUGUAAAAUUCCAGAGAUCACGUCGCUUAUUGGGAGUCUGCUAUAUUGUUGUUAAGGUUUCCUUAUUAGUGGUUGUAGAAAUUGGUGUGUUCCCCCUUAUCUGUGGCUGGUGGCUGGAUAUAUGCUCCUUGGAAAUGUUUGAUGCUACUUUGAAAGACAGAGAGUUGAGCUUUCAGUCUGCCCCUGGUACCACAAUGUUCCUACACUGGUUAGUGGGAAUGGUUUACGUCUUUUACUUUGCAUCUUUCAUUCUCUUACUGAGAGAGGUACUGAGACCUGGUGUCCUAUGGUUUCUGAGGAAUUUGAAUGAUCCGGAUUUUAAUCCAGUUCAGGAAAUGAUUCACUUGCCAAUCUAUAGACAUCUCAGGAGGUUUAUUUUAUCAGUGAUCGUCUUUGGGUCAAUUGUCCUGCUCAUGCUUUGGCUUCCUAUACGUAUUAUUAAGUAUCUGUUGCCUAAUUUUCUUCCAUAUAAUGUCAUGCUCUACAGUGAUGCUCCAGUGAGUGAACUUUCUCUGGAGCUGCUUUUGCUUCAGGUGGUGCUGCCAGCUCUGCUUGAACAAGGGCACACGAGACAGUGGUUGAAAGGUCUUGUACGAGCAUGGACUGUUACAGCUGGGUACUUGCUGGACCUCCAUUCUUACUUACUUGGAGACCAGGAAGAGAAUGAGAACAAUGCAAACCAGCAACCUAAUAACCAGCAUGCUCGCAAUAACAAUGCCAUUCCAGUUGUGGGAGAAGGUCUUCAUGCAGCCCAUCAAGCCAUACUUCAGCAAGGAGGACCUGUGGGUUUCCAGCCUUACCAUAGGCCUUUAAAAUUCCCACUCAGGAUAUUUCUGUUGAUUGUUUUCAUGUGUAUAACAUUACUGAUUGCCAGUCUUAUCUGCCUUACGUUACCAGGUGAAAGCAUUACAGAAAACAUUCAAAUAAUAAAAGAACCUUCAUGCAUACUAAAAAGCUUACCAGAGGUCACCUCAACUCCAACCUCUGACUCUGUAUUUGCUGGCCGUUGGUUAAUGUCAUUUUGGACGGGAGCAGCCAAAAUCCAUGAACUGUACACAGCUGCUUGUGGUCUUUAUGUCUGCUGGCUAACCAUUCGGGCGGUGACCGUUCUAGUCGCAUGGAUGCCGCAGGGUCGCAGAGUGAUUUUUCAGAAGGUUAAAGAGUGGUCCCUCAUGAUAAUGAAGACACUGAUAGUAGCUGUGCUACUAGCUGGUGUGGUUCCACUUCUGCUUGGUCUUCUGUUUGAACUGGUAAUUGUUGCUCCUUUGAGAGUUCCUUUGGAUCAGACACCUCUAUUCUACCCAUGGCAGGACUGGGCUCUUGGAGUUCUGCAUGCCAAAAUAAUUGCUGCCAUAACUCUGAUGGGCCCACAGUGGUGGUUGAAAACAGUUAUCGAACAGGUUUAUGCAAAUGGAAUUCGUAAUAUCGAUUUACAUUUUAUCAUUCGAAAACUGGCAACACCUGUCAUCUCUGUUCUAUUACUUUCCCUUUGUAUACCUUAUAUCAUAGCUUCUGGCGUUGUUCCUUUGUUAGGUGUUACUGCUGAAAUGCAAAAUUUAGUACAGCGCCGAAUCUAUCCUUUCCUACUCAUGGUGGUGGUUUUGAUGGGGAUCCUGUCCUUCCAGGUCCGCCAGUUCAAGCGCCUUUAUGAACAUAUUAAAAAUGACAAGUACCUUGUUGGACAACGACUUGUGAAUUACGAGCGAAAAUCUGGUAAACAAAGCACAUCACCACCACCACCUCAGUCUGCACAAGCAUAGAAUGGUCACAUCAAACACCUCAACCUUUUCUUUGCCUUUACAUGUCCUUUUUCACAGACGUCUCUUCAGUCUUUGGACAUACUUCCCUAUGAUCUUCUCAGCAGUGUUUCUAUUUGUCGCUUCUCUUGGUAGCAUUCAGAUAGCAGUUAAGGUUCUGUGUCUUUACCUGCAUAUUCUGAUGUUAUCCGUGCUGUCUGAGGUCUGUAAAUGUGUAAAUAGAAGUAUCCUGAUACCGAAAACCUUGGAUUAAAAAGAAUGUGCAUUGUACAUCUUUAAAAAAGUAUAUUAAUUUAUUAAAUCGAGUUGUCACUUUAUUUUGGACUGCUGUUCUGUUGACAAACAAUGUGCCACAAAUAAAUGGUGCAAAGGGGCAAGUCAUUUUUAUAAAAAUUGGAGCAUAUUUUAUGGUGUUCAUGACAGUUCUUAUUACAGUAAUAUGAUUUUCUUGGGCUGGAAGGCCACACUGGGAAUAUAAAAAGGAAAUAACCACCCUUCCAGUCAGCAGUGAAGUGGCUGUGGUAAGAACACAAUGAACUAUGUAGCUUACUGUCAGUCUUUUUUAUUGUUUUGUAUAACACCAAAGCAGUUGUACAUUUUCUAUUGCCUGAUUAUUUUUUUUUCAUGUGUCUGGGUUUGUAAUAUUGUACAGUUACUGGUAGGUCAGGAAAAAUAUUUCCUUAUUUAGACAGUACUUGUAGGGGCUCAGUGACAUUAAUUCUUUGGCACUGAAAAUCAGGAUUUCAUGAUUCUAAGCACCAAAUCAAAAUUCAAUAGCUCUAAAUGGUAGGAGCACUUAAACCUGCCAAUUGAGGGGUAUGUAAGAAGACUACAGUUCUAAUUCUCAACCAAUAUUUCCCUGACAUAUCUAAAGCUCUGCAUUUGAAAUGAUUACAGUAAAUUUCCCUAAUGAGUUUUAUUUACUCAGAAGAAGCUUAGCUGACCUGUUUGCACAGGACCAUAGUGUGAGAAACAUGCUGUGAAAUGCUCUUUCACUGAACACCUUGAAAAACUGUUUUUUUUUUCUUACAACCAAAGCUGCAAAUUAUACUAUAAAUGUUAUAUUAGAUCACAUACAAAUAAAAUAAACCUUUACCUUUUCAUUUGUAAGGGAGUAACACUAGAAACUUUCAGUGAACAUGUACAGAAUGUUACCUGUGGAAAACGAAAUCCACGUAGUAUUAAACAGAGUUAAAGAAAAAUGAACUACUUUCAUUGCAAGGAUACAGCCAAACGAGAGCCACCAAAAUCAAGUUCAACAACUUCUGAUAUUUUUAUAUUUAGAUAGAAUUUUUUUCAGUGGUGAUAAUGAUUUUUUUACGUAGAUGUCUUUUAAAGAAAAAUACAGAACAAUAAUACAAAGCUUUAAGUAGAGUUAAAUCAUGUGCUUAGAUGCAGUUAUCCGUUUCCGGACUGUAUGAGGAAAAAAAUAUAUGGAGAUUUAUUGUGGUAAUCAGAAAACUAAAGGAACAUGCUUAAAUUACUACUCAGCAUUCUCCCUGAGCAUUGCAUAUUUAAUUAUAUGUAUGUAAAAUAUAAUACGUUGGACAUACAAGAUGCUGCAUCUCUGCCUCUGAUUUGACAGUGAAGUUUGAGAGCUGUAUUGGUCCAGGAUUUUUUUAAACUGAAUUAAUAUCUUGGUAUCAGGAGCCUAGAUUCCUUGACAAUGUACACAUGCCAGAUGCAUCUGUGUUAAGCAGUAGGAGGAUUGGGCUAUCGCUACCAAGAGAUCAACAAUUGGUACUUUACAUUACUUUAUUCUAGUCAUUUUGAACUAUAAUAUGUGAGCACUUUGGAGUGAUUCUUAGAAAAUGUCCAGUAAAAUGAAGUAAUGGAAAAAUGGCCUAAACAUUUUCACUGUCCAUGUCAAUUUAAAGUUAAAUUGAGUAUUCACAUCCCAAAUAUUUUUGACAUGCAAAUGUUUUACAUUUGAAUAUGUAUAGUGGUGUACUUUCUGUAAGAUAAAUAUUUUUCAAAAAGAUGAAAUUUACUGGUAACGCUUUGAGUUCCACCAAGAUUUGAUCCGGGACGUAGUCUUUGGUAAACAAUUCCAAACAGUCUUACCACUCACAUAUUGCCAGCACUGCUGUGCUUCUUCAUGUAGCAUUUUCAAUAGUGCACUCUUGUAAUUUGUGUUUUUUAUCCAGAUAAACUGGUGUUCAAGAAAUAUUAAAGUUUAUUAAGAAAAA